AUGGCUGGAGAAAGAAGGGAUGCAAACACAAUGUCUGUGGAGCUAGCAAUUCAGAGAGAAUUAGCAUACAGGAAAAUGGUUGCUGGCUCCUUGUCUCAGCAGGAAAUCAACAACCUCUUACCACUGAAGGCUCCAGAUAGUUCAAUCAACUGUGAUAGAGAAUCGGAGCUAGAAAAGGAUGGCUGGAAACUUGUGAGGAUUGAUGAGGAGGGAGAAGGGAUUCCUUUUCGAUCAAGUAACAGUGGUCAAGCUUCUAUGCAGGCAUUGGAGCGUACACAACCCAAAAUGCAAGCGGAAAAAGGAAAAUCAGUGAGUCCACUUACACUUUCUAUUGCCUUGCGACUGAUGUGA